UAGAAUUAUUAUUCCUCCAAGCAUCGUUUAAUAUUAUUCUUAUACAAAAUCCCCAAAAAUACCGCUUUAAUUAAUGAGUAGUGCGAAUAAAUCCACUACCUGCGACAACCACACAUGCCACAAUUGCAAAAAUUAUGCGUUAUUGGUCUUAAGGUUAUGUAGACCAAAACAAAUGCGAGACAAAAUGUGAUGUUGCGUAGUGUUUAUCAAGUUUGCAAUCAUUAAUCCGAAUUUUUCGCAUUAAACUAGUAUUGUCCAUAUUGUAUUCACCAUGACAACAUUUAGCGUAACGCAGGAGGGUCCCGUUAAUGCACUCGCCUUAAACAAAGACAACACUCAGGUCGCCAUCGGCGGUCGCAAUGUUUUUAAGGUGUACAAUAUUGAAGAGGACUCCUUCAAGGAAAUCUGCAAUCUGAGAGCAUCAAAACACUUAAAUUUAAGUUUUUCUUGUAAUGAUGUUGCUUGGAGUUCAAAUGAUGACAAUUAUUUGGCGACAGCCGCCACAAACGGCCAUGUUUGUGUGUGGAACCUUACAAAAAUGGGCAAAGCUAUGCAGGAACAAGUUUACCAGGAGCAUAAACGCACAGUUAACAAAGUUAACUUUCAUGUAUCAGAACCAUACAGAUUAAUAUCAGGUUCACAAGAUGGAACCAUGAGAUAUUUUGAUCUGAGAUGCAAGGCAGCAGUGGCCAUAUUCUACAGCAACACUGAAAGUGUAAGAGAUGUACAAUUCAGUCCACAUCAACCAUACAUGUUUGCAGCAGUGUCAGAAAAUGGCAGUGUGCAAUUGUGGGAUGUACGCAAAACAGAAAAAUGUAUGCAACAAUUUGCUGCGCAUAGUGGGCCUGUAUUCGCUUGUGACUGGCAUCCGGAAGUUGCAUGGCUAGCGACAGCAAGUCGUGAUAAAUCAAUUAAAGUUUGGGAUUUGACAAGUAAACCGACAUUAGACUACACAAUACAUACCAUCGCAUCAAUAGGAUAUGUAAAAUGGCGUCCACAAAGAAAAUAUCACAUUGCCAGCUGCGCAUUGGUCGUUGAUUGCAGUAUAAACAUAUGGGAUGUAAGAAGACCUUACAUUCCUUUCGCUUCAUUCAAUGAACACAAGGAUAUCACCAGUAGAGUUGUCUGGAGAGGAGAUCCACAAACAUUUUUAAGCACUAGCAGGGAUUGUACUUUAUACCAGCAUUCAUUUAAAGACGCAAGCCGCCCUGCAACGAAAGCCAAUCCACAGAGUGUUUCUCUCAAUAAACAAGGAACUGUCCUGUAUGCAAAUCGUCAACAUGGCAGCAGUUCGAAUUCUUCUGUUAAAUCAACAAGCAUCAUGCGCAAGAGCUCCAAUACAGUUGUCAGCGACCAAUUUCACUUAGCCUCGUCAUCAUUACAAUCAUUUCACUCAAAAGUUGCGAAUGACAACAGUAGUUUUGGCGUUAUAGCAAAAAACUACGUUCUAAGUGAUCUGCCAUUUUGGGAGUUGUGCGAACGCAAUGCAGCUGUAGCGAAAGAGUGUGGCAAGAGUAAUGUAAGCAUACUGUGGAAAAUUGUACGCACAAUGUAUGCUGAUGAGUAUUGUCAAAGUAGUAUUAAUAAUGCUAGCUUGCAACGGGAUGAUUUGGGCGUGCAAAACAAUAUUGAAGGGGAUAAUAAUAAAACCAAAGGUUAUGAUACUCCACAGUUUUGCAGUGGGGAUGACGAAACAGAAAACGAAGAUCAAGUGGAUCAUGUAAACGCUUAUUAUGACUUCAGCGCAACUUCUAAGUUUGGCCUUCCGAAGGGCGACUUCUCUUUCGGCGAAAACGAAUUGGAUCUUGAACUAGACUCUCUUAGUAUUGAUUAUCGAAAUGGUAUCCGUAACUCCGGCCAUUUGAUACAACAGGAAGACUGGCACCUCCCUAACGAAGCUUUCAACGUACGUCAUGAAAUCCUCGACCGAUCACCACCACCCGAACAGUUUUCUAAUCAUUCUCCUGAUUUAAAUGAUGAAACGCAGUUGUCCAUCGAAGAUCAAACACCCUGCUUCAUCACCAUCAACAAACUGCCAAAGAAACCAAUCUGGGAUCCCAGUAAUAUUGUCGUUGACACUCUCAAGCAUUACGCCAUGAUUGGCGACGUCCAAACAGCUGCGUGUAUUCUAACAGUCUUGGGAGAUCAUCGCAAAAGUUUAAAGAGUUUAGAUGAACCAACACAGGAACAUUGGCUGCUGGGUUACAUUGAACUCCUAUGCAGAUCAAAGCUAUGGAAUCAAGCUGCGCAAAUUAUCAAACUAUCCUGGAUACAAAACAUUAAUACGUUGAAUCAGCAAUCUACAAGAAUCAACACAAGUUGCAGUCAGUGCUUGAAACCUCUGCAUCGAAUUGGAUGGCUUUGUGAUCGGUGCCAUUCAUCAGAAUAUUCCUUAUGCAGUUUAUGUCAUCAAGUGGUGAAAGGGUUGUAUUCCUGGUGUCAGGGGUGUUCACAUGGUGGGCAUAUUCUACAUAUGCAACAAUGGUUUCUUGGCAAUAAGGUGUGCCCAACAGGAUGUGGGCAUAUGUGUGAAUAUCGUUGAGUUUUAAUGAAAUUAUGAAUAAGAAUAAGAAUUGAUUUGUUUUUAUCCAGAUUGUUGUUUGUUUCUUGGUGUUGCCUAAAAUAUCAAAAGGUUUAUUAAAUCAAACAGCAAUGAUUUCCA